AUGGAACUCUGGAACAUUACCUUGAUAAAGAGUUUCUUCCUUGUUGGAAUUCUCCAAGAUAGCAGGUUCCCUGAGUUUGUCUGUGCUGCCAUCACAUUCCUGUACCUGGUGGCCAUGGCCAGUAAUGGUCUUCUGCUCCUGUUGAUUGCUAUGGACAAUAGACUCCAUGUGCCCAUGUACUUCUUGCUCAGCCAGCUCUCAUUUAUGGACCUGCUCCUCACAUCUGUUGUUGCUCCCAAGACAUUGGUAGAUUACCUGUGUGGACAAAACACCAUCUCUUUUACAGGCUGUGGGCUUCAGAUGUUUCUGGAGCUGACACUUGGGGGUGCAGAAGAUAUACUGCUGGCUUUCAUGGCAUAUGACCGCUAUGUGGCCAUUCAUCACCCUUUGAACUAUAUGGUCUUAAUGAGACCAACAGUUUGUUGGUCCAUGGUGGCUAUAUCCUGGCUCUUAGCAGCUCUGAGUGCCCUUGUGUACACCAUCUAUACUAUGCAUUUUCCUUUCUGUGGAAACCAAGAGAUUCACCACCUUUUCUGUGAAAUACUUCCAUUACUAAAGCUUGCAUGUGCUGACACUUCACAGUAUGAGCUCAUGGUAUACACAAUGGGUGUGACCUUCCUUCUGGUCCCCCUUUCUGCUAUCCUUGCUUCCUAUACCUUAGUCUUGACUGCUGUAUUCCACAUGCCCUCAGCACAGGGGAGACAGAAAGCUCUCCUUACUUGCUCAUCCCACCUGACAGUGGUUGGGCUGUAUUAUGGACCUGCCAUGGUCAUGUAUGUCCUGCCCAGUGUCUACCACAACCCUAAGCAAGAUAAUAUCCUCUCUGUGUUCUACACCAUUGUCACUCCAGCCCUGAAUCCCUUAAUUUACAGCCUGAGGAACAAAGAUGUUCUGGGAGCCGUGAAGAAGGUUAUAGGACAAGACACCUCAUAG